AAAUAGACCCAGUUUUGAAUUUUGAUCAUCACGAGCUUUCGCUUCGAACUCAUCGCCCCUUUAUUCCUCUAAGAUCGUUCUUAAGUGAGAGCUCACCUCCUUUCGAACCCAACCCCACUCAUCUCCUUUCUCCCUCCCAAAUUCACAUUGUUAAAGUUUAGGGUUCAAUCAACUACUCAUCUGACUGACAUUCUUGUUGUUAGAUUUCCAGAUGGCUUCAUCGGUGUUCUCUUUAGCUUCUGCAACUCCCUCUGCUUCACUUUCUUCUCAUGAUAUUGAAAAGAUAUCUUCACAGGGAAAACUGAAUCUUAGAAAUACCAGCUUGUGCUUCAAAAAAGAGAAAAACAAUCCCUUCAUGAAAACAAAGUCUUUUGGUCGAAUAUCAAUGGUUGUCGCUUCCAAUGUGUCUCGUUUUGAAGGUAUAACAAUGGCUCCCCCUGAUCCAAUUCUUGGGGUUUCUGAAGCUUUCAAAGCAGACAACCAUGAGUUGAAGCUCAACCUUGGAGUUGGGGCCUAUCGAACUGAAGAGCUACAGCCCUAUGUCCUUGAUGUGGUUAAAAAGGCAGAUAAACUUCUACUGGAAAAGGGGGAAAACCGGGAGUAUCUCCCGAUUGAAGGUUUGGCUGCUUUCAAUAAGGUGACAGCAGAUUUGUUAUUUGGAGCAGACAACCCAGUUAUAAAGCAACAAAGGGUUGCAACAGUUCAAGGGCUUUCAGGGACUGGUUCACUUCGACUGGCUGCUGCGCUUAUAGAACGAUAUUUUCCCAGGGGAGAAGUUCUGAUAUCAUCUCCCACGUGGGGUAAUCACAAGAACAUUUUCAAUGAUGCUAAGGUCCCAUGGUCAGAAUACCGAUACUAUGACCCUAAAACAGUUGGCUUGGAUUUUGAAGGGAUGAUAGCAGACAUCAAGGCAGCUCCUGAGGGAUCUUUUAUUCUUCUUCAUGGAUGUGCUCACAACCCAACUGGUAUUGAUCCAACCCCUGAACAGUGGGAAAUAAUUGCAGAUGUUAUCCAAGAGAAGAACCAUAUUCCAUUUUUUGAUAUUGCAUACCAGGGGUUUGCAAGUGGAAGCCUUGAUGCUGAUGCAGCAUCUGUGAGGAUGUUUGUGGCCCGUGGUAUGGAGGUCAUUGCUGCUCAAUCAUACAGUAAAAAUCUUGGCCUUUAUGCAGAAAGGAUUGGUGCAAUUAAUGUCGUUUGCUCAUCACCAGAUGCUGCUGCAAGGGUUAAGAGCCAGCUAAAAAGAAUUGCUAGACCAAUGUACUCAAAUCCUCCUGUUCAUGGGGCUAGGAUUGUUGCCAAUAUUGUUGGGGAUGCAGCACUCUUCAAGGAGUGGAAUGCAGAGAUGGAAAUGAUGGCUGGGAGAAUCAAGAAUGUGAGACACAAAUUAUUCGACAGUCUUUCUUCCAAAGAUAAAAGUGGGAAGGAUUGGUCAUUUGUUCUUAAGCAAAUUGGAAUGUUUUCAUUCACAGGCUUAAACAAAGCUCAGUGUGAUAACAUGACCAACAAGUGGCACGUAUAUAUGACCAAGGAUGGAAGGAUAUCCCUUGCAGGAUUAUCGUUGGCCAAGUGUGAAUACCUUGCCGAUGCCAUCAUUGAUUCUUACCACAAUGUCAGUUAAAAUAAAUGAAAAGCUGGGAUGAUGGUAGCUUGGAAUUUUAGUUGAUUUGAACCGAAAACCAUAAGUGAAGUGAUUUUACGAAAAGGAUUUUGUAAUAACGUGUGUUAACUAGGCGUUAAACACUAAUAUAUUUCAAGUUUUGAUAGAGGCAAUUUGCAUCCUCUAGUUUGUUUUGCUGGAUGUGGAAACUGGUGUAGUUUUCCAGCAAAUCUAGAACGCAUGCUUGUUUAUUAUAAGAUUGCCUCCUACAAUAGAGUUCCUGACUGAUGAUAGAGAUAACUGUCGUAAUUUAGAUUUCAUAAUUUGUUGUGUAAUGUUAUUUUCAUAUGUUAAAUAAUUGUGUUUAAAUCUUGGGAUUA